AUGCCUUCGCAAGUCUCACAAUGGCGGGAGCCAAUCGCCAUCAUAAGCAUGGCCUGCCGCCUCCCAGGCGGUAUCGAUAAACCAGCAGACCUAUGGGAUCACGUCCGAGCAGGCCGGUCGUCCGCCACGGCCAUACCAAAAGAUCGGUUCAAUGCCGAGAACUUCCUAUCCAUGGAUCCUAAUCAGAAAGGUGCCCAAGCGUUCAGAGGCGCGCAUUUCGUCCAGAGUGAUAUUAAACAGUUCGAUCACAAAUUCUUCGGUAUAAGCAAAGACACGGCAACAGCUAUGGACCCUCAGCAGAAGCAGCUGCUAGAGGUUGUCUAUGAAUGCCUCGAGUCUGCCAAUAUUCCUAUGGAGAAGAUUUCCAGCUCCAAGAUCGGUUGUUAUUGCGCCAUGUUUGUGAGUGAUUAUCACGACAUGCUGAUGCAAGACCCGGAGUAUCUUCCAACAUUUAUUGCGAUUGGUACGACACGUACUAUGCUUGCGAACCGAAUCAGCCAUGCACUCGAUCUUGGCGGUCCUAGUGUAACCAUAGACACAGCCUGUUCCGGUGCCCUGGUCGCCCUGCACCUUGCCUGCCAAGCGCUGCAAGCUGGCGAGUGUGAUGGUGCUGUGAUUGGUGCAUCCAACCUCUUUCUGAGUCCUGAUUAUGCAUUAUCCUUGACUCGUCUGGGUGCCAUUGCUGCAGACGGCCAGUGUAAGACAUUUGAUGCAAGUGCAAAUGGUUAUGGAAGAGGUGAAGGAACCAAUGCAGUCUACGUGAAGAGGCUUAGCGAUGCCAUCAGAGAUGGAGACAGCAUUCGAGCCGUCAUCAGAGGUACAUCCUCCAACAGCUCUGGUGCGACGCCAGCAAUCACAGAACCAUCCGGACGAGCUCAAGCAGAUACCAUUUUGCAAGCUUAUGCCCAAGCAGGAAUUGAUGACUUCAGUGAGACAGGAUACUUCGAGUGUCACGGAACAGGUACACCAGUCGGCGACUGUAUUGAGUUAGGAGCCGUAGGUUCCGUCUUUUCUGACAGUCACAAAUCUCAAGAUGCGCUGUGGGUUGGGUCCACGAAACCAAAUGUCGGACAUUCAGAGGCAGCUAGUGGCUUGAGCAGUCUCAUCAAAGUUGUUAUGGCUCUAGAAAAGGGAGAAAUCCCACCUAACACAAAUUACAAGACACCCAAUCCAAAAAUUGACUUCGACGGAUGGAGAGUGCGUGUUCCUACCAGCCCACAUCCUUGGCCUUCGAAAUCAUUGCGCCGAGCAAGCGUUAACUCCCUUGGAAUCGGUGGCUCUACUGCCCAUGCUGUUGUUGAGUUCUACGAGCCGAAGAAGAUCACCAAUGGAGUCACCAACGGAGCCAAUGGCCUCAACGGUGUGAAUGGCGUCAAUGGCACUAAUGGCGUCGAUGGCACCGAUGAUGUUAAUGGCAUCCAUAAAAUCAAUGGUACUGAUGGUGCCCAUCAUGUCAACGGAGUUAAUGGUUCCAACGCCAUUGAUGAUGCCCAAGAAGUCAAAGGCACCACCGACGACAAAACCGUCAAUGGCUCUCGUGAGACAGAGCAGCAAGCUGAAAAAGCCCCGUUCCUUGUCUUCACGUCAGGCGCCUCUCGCGACUCCCGGGACAAAAAUACCCUCAACCUUCUAGAGUUUCUCAAGAGCCACAAUGAGUGCCGCACCUUAACAGGUCCUCUCAUUGCAGCGCUAAAUGCUCGAAGCAAUAUCCACAUCCGGCCAUGGAAGUCCUUCGCUGUAGCGCAAUCGGUCGAUGAUCUGAUACAGCAGUUGGAGAACAAGGCGCUGAAGUCGAACCAAGCACCUCGCAAUGGUGGUGUACCUCAAAUCUUGUUCACUUUCACAGGCCAAGGAGCUAUGUGGUCUCAGAUGGGAAAGCGUCUGCUUGAGGCAUUCCCCGUGGCCCGCAACACCUUGUAUGAGCUUGAUCAAGUCAUCAAAGAACUUCAAUUGUCCAAGACACCGGCUUGGUCUCUAAUAGACAAGCUCAGUCUCGAAAUGUCACAAGAAGAGGUCGAUUCGCCAACACUCGCCCACCCUCUUUCUUUGGCGGUCCAGAUCGCGUUGGUGGAUGUUCUUUCAAGCUGGGGAGUGCUUCCAGAUGGCGUCGUUGGUCAUUCAGGAGGAGAGACGGCCGCUGCAUACGCCUCCGGUGCUCUUACUGCCAAGGAAGCCAUCACUGUGGGGUACUACCGAGGCAUAGCCUGCGAGAAUGCACCAGUGGGCUCCAUGUUGGCUGUCAGGAGUGCACCCGAUGCGAAGGAGUUGCAGGAUGCCCUGGAGCGACACCAUGUGCAGAUUGCAUGCUUCAAUGGCCCUCAGAACCUGACUCUCGCAGGAUCUGUUGAGGGUAUCAAGAACCUUGCCGAAGAGCUCGGUAGCAAAGGCAUUGUCAACAGGGCCGUUGCUGUGACUCGAGCAUACCAUACCGAGGCCAUGAAAAAGGUGGUAUACGAGUAUGUCGGCCAUCUGCAGGGCGCACUUCAACCCAAGACUGGACGGGUUCCAAUGUACUCUUCUGUCUACGGCGUUGCGCUCACUGGCACCGAGGUUGGUGCUGACUACUGGGGAGCAAACCUUGUGUCUCCAGUCCGUUAUACCGAUGCAGUAACAUUAGCCUUGACUCACACAGACCGCAAGUUUGAUCUGUGUGUCGAGCUUGGUCCUCAUUCGUUACUUUCUCGUCCUACCUCCGAGAUUGUCAAGUCUCUGCCUGACUCUACCCAACUGCCCUACUUCUCUACUAUGCUCCGAAAUGUGGACUCGAGUCAACAGUUGAUGAGUCUUGCCGGAGACUUGGCUCUGAACGGAAAGCACCUGGACUUGGACCGAGUCAACACGGCCAGCUCUGAUCCCGCAAGCAAGUCCACACGUCUUCCCAAUCACAUUCAGGACAAUCUUCCUGCUUAUGCCUGGGACUAUUCCUCAACGCCAUGGACUGAACCGCGAAACAGCCAGGAAUGGCGAUUCCGAAAAUCACCCAGACAUGAGAUUCUAGGUUCGCGUUGUCGAGGAGUGAAUCCGUCAGCUCCCACAUGGAGAAACAAGGUCUCCAUCGAAGAUGCGCCUUGGCUUGUUGAUCAUCAGGUGAAUGGUAUUGUGACAUUGUCCUUCACUACCGGAAUCGCAAUGGUGGUGGAAGCCAUGAUGCAAGUACAGGAAGAGACCAAAGAGAUUGAUUGGGCGAACCAUUCAUUCGAACUUGAAGACUUUGUCUUUUCCAAUUCCAUCAUUCUUCCUGAUGAAUCUCCCAUCGACCUCUUCCUCACAUUGAUCCCGAAGAGCGACAAUGUCAGGUCCGACAAGACUUGGUAUGACUUUACCAUCUCAUCACUACGCGGCGAUGUCGAUAUCCGCCAUUGCCACGGCAAGGCUGCUGUCAUAGAAAUAGGCGAUGGCGAUGUCGCUACUCUGCGCAGGACCUCUUGGCAUCACAUGCCUCUCAAGGUUCCGUUGAAGAGCUACUACAAGACUCUGGAAAGAGUUGGCUAUGGCUACGGUCCCAAGUUCCAGCUCCUUUCUGAAGUCAGAGUCCGCCCAAACCUUUCGGCCUGCUCUGCCAAGAUCGACAUGACCUCGGUUACCCAGUCUCCCAUUCGCGGCCAGCGGUAUCUCUUGCACCCAGCAAUGAUGGAUGCGGCCUUGCAAACACCUGCAUUGGCUAACCGCUCUGGUCACUUCCAAGAGAUCGACACGUUGCUGCUUCCAUCCCGUAUGAAGAGAAUCUCAAUCCGCAUGCCCGCCGCAAACACAGAGAUCGCAUCUUGCGCCACCAACACAUCGCCUGUAGGCUUCAGCCGCAUUGAAGGAAGUGUUGAGUGCUACGAUUCAUCUUCUAAGCCUUUCUUUGUCGUGGAAGGGCUGCAGAUGGACAGGGCCACGGGUGAUGACCAGGCUACUCUGCCCUGGCUGAGAUUGAUGUGGCGACCUGACAUUGGCGACAUCUCGAAUAAUGAUCCUAUGCUCAAUUCCAUCCAGAUCAAGAGUCUUCCAGCUGAGAAGAAGCUUGUCAAUCUUGAGAACUUGGUCAAAGAUCUGAUUCCAGUCAUAAUCAAGAACGGCAUUGACAAGGGCGAAGGGUUGGCUCCUCACUUGCAGAUGUACCGUUCGUGGUUGUUUGAACAGGCUGAGCUGUAUAAAGAAAGACUAUCGGCCCAUCACAAGCUGGAGAAUCGAUCUUCCAAUGUGAAUGAUGCUAUAUUAAGCGUUGUCUCAGACUCAGGAAUCUCUCAAACUGUCGAUGCCUCCAUUGUAUCCCAGCUCGCCGCCAACAUGGGAAGAAUCUUCCGUGGAGAGGUGGAAGCAUUGGCAGUUUGGCUGGAGAACGAUUUGCUGUACAGGUUCUACGAAGAGAGUAUCUUCACAACGAGCAUGAAUCAGAAGCUCCGUUCCGUAGCCGAACUCCUGGCACAUAAGAACCCCAACAUGAAGAUCCUCGAGAUCGGAGCUGGAACUGGCGGUGCCACAACAGAACUGCUGCGUGGUUUCUCCAAGGCCGGUGGAUCGAACGCAUACCAAUCCUUUACCUUUACAGACAUCUCGGCUGGUUUCUUCGACAAGGCCAAGAAGAAGUUUGCACAAUGGGACCGCAUCGAGUUCAAGACUCUCGAUGUUGAGAAGGACUUUUCUGAGCAGGGCUUUACUGAGAAGUACGACCUUGUGGUUGCUGCCAACGUUCUGCACGCAACUGCCGACUUGAAGUUUGCGAUGAAGAACAUUCGCUCUCUGUUGCGCGACGAUGGGUACCUCUUGGUUGGUGAACUGUCAGAGGACCUCACCUCUGCCAACUUCCUUUGGGGACCCUUGACUGGUUGGUGGUUACGCCCUCGAUCGCCCGGCCGCUCUGGACCUGGCCUCACCAUGGACGAAUGGCGCGGAGAGCUCGCCGAAGACUUCGACAGUGUUUCUGAGAUCGAAGCCAGCCAUGAUAAGGAUGAUACUGAUCAAAUCUCAAGCACCAUUGUGAUGAUGGCCAGGGCAAAGCCCGUGGACUAUACUCUUCCUGAGCCACUGUCAAAAGAGAAGAUCCAUAUCGCUGGAGUUGGUAGUGAUUCAUCAACUCGGGAUCUAAUUGGACAACACUUGGGCACGCGCGGUGUUUCCACAACAUCUAGCACUUUGGAAGAGCUUUCGUCGCAGCAGUGGUCCGGAGAUUGGCUCAUCCUUGUAGACGAGGAUGAAGGAAGUCUUCUUGCCUCUCUUCAGGAAGAGCAGUUGGAGGCACUGAAGGCGUCGCUAACUCGGCCCAUCAAUUGUAUCUGGAUUACUCGCAAGGUCUAUCUGGAUCCACAGAACACGACAGGAGGCCUGGUGACAGGCUUUGCGCGCACCCUUCGUAUGGAAAAUAGUCAGCUCGAGCUAUACACGCUUGACUUGAGCAGCGAAGGCGAGACGAUUGGCAACAUCGUUUACCACGUCUUGGAACGCAUUCAUUACUCGCACGACGAUCCCAUUUCCAAAUUGGACUACGAAGUGGCGGAAAAAGAUGGCCAGCUCUGGACUUGCAGGCUUGUGCAUGAUCGUCGCCUGGAGGAUGCCUUUGGUCCUGCGCAAAACAUCGAGGCUCCUACGGAGCAGGUUGUGCAGAGCCCUCAUCGCUUGAUCGUGGGCGAGCCAGGAAUCUUGGCUAGUCUUACCAUGGCGCAAGAUGACGAGUAUGCAAACUUGCCUAAGGGGCAUGUUCUUGUUGAGGUCAAGGCCGUUGGACUUGAUGAACGGGACGGACGUAUCGCACAAGGAUCUCUCCCAGCGACAGAGUUUGGCCGCGAGUGCUCAGGCAUCGUUACGAAGUGUGCUGCCGAUGUCACCUCACUCAACCCCGGAGAUCGCGUUGCUGUCAUUGGGCAAGGGACUUUCAAGACACACUACUUGGCACCUACACAGUGCUGCAGGAAGAUACCCGAAUGGUUGUCAUUCGAGGACGCCUCGGCGAUCCCUACGAGCUUCGUGACUGCAUUGUACGCACUGACUACAGCUGCGCGAGUCGCGACAGGCCAGAAGCUUCUCGUCAUCAACGGCACAUCGAAGCAAGGUAUCGCUCUGAUCAAAACCGCUGUGGCCCUGAAACUAGAUGUCUACGCCACCAUCAGUGACAAAAACAAGUCGGCUCUCACCAAACAUGGAGUAUCUCCAUCCAAGAUAUUCGUGAUCCCAACAGCCGUCAGCCACUCUAACACUUCCCGUGCAACUAACGGUCAAACUUUCAAGCUCGUGCUGAACACUCAGUACGGCCAAUACGCGGAGUAUUCUCAUCUGAUAGCGAACUGUGGAACAUAUAUCGAGAUCGGUUCAGGUGACGGCCAGGGCCUUGAGCCUUAUGCGCGACCAAACAGGAACGUCAUGCUUGCUUCUAUUGACUUAUCAGAUGCUUAUCAUGAUUCCAAGGAGGAGCUAGGAAGACUGCUAGAUCAAGUCAUCAAGAUGGUUGAGAAGCGAGAAAUCAAUCCCGACAUGUUAGUUUCAGUUGCUCGACUUCACUCACUACACUCAGCUUUCUCAGCACUGUUGGAAAGCGACCAUCCUAAACAAGUUGUAUCUUUUACGACUGACAACAGUGACCAACUAAUUAAGACACGACCGAAGACUGCUCGUUUCGACGGAAGCAAGACAUACAUCAUCACAGGCGGUCUCGGUGGCUUAGGGCGUGCCAUUGCAGUAUGGAUGGCUAGCUACGGCGCCCGACACCUCGUUCUGGCCACCAGCUCAGUCUCCAGGGCCUUGCAGUCUGAUGGUCUCUUGCAACAAUUGUCUUCAUAUGGUUGCACUGCCAGAGUUGAAAUUUGUGAUGUGGGCGAUUUCGAAGCUGUCCAGCAUCUUGUUUCUGCCAUUGAGACUCCUGUCGGUGGAGUUAUUCACUCAGCCUUGAAGCUAAGCGACCAAUUCUUCAAAGAUAGCACCUUGGAAGACUUUGAGGCGGUGUUUGGACCCAAAGUCAACGGCGCACUGAAUCUCCAUUCGUGUCUUCUCGAUCAGAAACUCGACUUCUUCGUCAUGCUCAGUUCAGGAUGCGGAAUCUUGGGUAACGAAGGCCAGUCGAACUAUGCCGCCAGCAGCACUUUCCUUGACACCUUUGCUCGAUAUCGUCAAGGCCUCGGACUUCCGGCCUCAUCCGUCGACCUUGGAUUUGUCGAGGAUGUCGGAAACAUCAGCGACCGCCCAGAAAUCCAGGCCUCUCUGCUGUCUCGUGGACUCCGCCCCAUCACUGUACGAGAUGUUCUUCGUGUGGUAGAGGGGGCUAUUGUGACUGGCUCUCCUCGGCCAAAGAUCACUGGAGACUCUUACGAUUACUUUGCACAAAGUCAAAUCGUGCUCGGCUUUGGCAUGAUCGACAAGGCGACAGCAGAAUGGCAGUCAUGGGCCAAGGAUACUAAAUUUGGAAUGUUGCGAUCCAGGGCUACUGAUAAUGCGGCAGCUGAUGCCGACUCUGACAGUGGCGAGAGCGCAGUUCAGACAGCGGUCAAGGCCUUCCGAAACACUUUAGGGCGAUUGGGUGAUGCCUCUGAGGGUAAAGAGGCAGCUUUGCAGCCCGUUAUCUGCUCUGCUCUUGUUGCCAAGUUGGCACAGGUACUGUCAAUGAAGGUUGGCGAGAUUCAGCCGACGAGAUCAGCAGUUCAGUAUGGUAUGGACUCACUUAUUGCCAUUGAGGUUAGGUCAUGGGCCAGAUACGCGUUCCAGAUUGAUUUGCCUAUCAAUGACUUGACCAACCCUUAUAGUAUUCAGGAUCUGGCAGCUAGGGUUUCGCGAAUGAUCCAAUGA